AUGAAGAAAGAAGACUUUGUUCUGAUUCUGAAGCUGGCGCAGAUCCUCUUUGUUCCUUCGGCUGAUGGUCUUAAGCCUCUGGUGACUCGCAAACGCAAACGCACCGCGUUCUCCACCGAGCAGGCCUUGGCGCUGGAACAGCUGUUCCAGGCGCAGCAGUUCGUGACCAAGGAGGAGCGGUGCACGCUGGAGCAGCGGCUGGGGGUCAAUGAGCAGGCUAUUAAGGUCUGGUUCCAAAACCGCCGCCUACGUUUCAAGAAAGAAACGGAGGAGGUGGCAUUGGAACCAGCUCCAAAAGACAACAUCUUCGCCCACACGGAGUGGCUCAUGGGACGUGCGGGCGAAGAUGGGAUGGUAACACUUGACCAGCUGGCAAUAAGCGAGCUNAGAUAUGAAGACUUUAAAAGUCGAUAUUGUUGUGGAAAUGUAGAGCAAGUCUUUAUUAAAUGUGGGAAAAAAUAA